AUGGAGGAGCAGCUGUUGUGUUGCGAGGUGGAGGCCAUACGCAGAGCCUACCAGGACUCGAACCUCCUCAACGACCGGGUCCUGAGCACCAUGCUGCGGGCAGAGGAGUCCUACCUGCCCUCCCCGAACUACUUCAAGUGCGUGCAGCGGGAGAUCGUGCCUAAAAUGCGAAAGAUCGUGGCCACUUGGAUGUUGGAGGUGUGUGAGGAGCAGAAGUGUGAGGAGGAGGUGUUUCCUCUGGCCAUGAACUAUCUGGACCGGUUCCUGUCGGUGGAGGCCCUGAGGAAGAGCCGCCUGCAGCUGCUGGGGGCCUCCUGCAUGUUCCUGGCCUCGAAGAUGAAGGAGACCGUCCCUUUAACGGCCGAAAAACUCUGCAUCUACACAGACAACUCUGUGCACCCCUCAGAGCUGCUGCAGAUGGAGUUGCUGCUCUUGAACAAACUGAAGUGGGACUUGGCGUCUGUGACGCCGCACGACUUCAUCGAGCACUUCCUGUCCAAGCUGAAGGUCCACCCGUCCACUAGGGGCAUCCUCCGCAAACACGCACAGACCUUUGUGGCCCUCUGCGCCACAGAUGUGAACUUCAUCGCCUCCCCCCCCUCCAUGGUGGCUGCUGGGAGUGUGGGGGCCGCGGUGCAGGGUCUGUACCUGAAGAACCAGGACCCAUCACUGUCCUCCCAGAACCUCACACACUUCCUCUCACAAGUGAUACGCAGCGACGCGGAUUGUCUGCGUUCGUGUCAGGAUCAGAUCGAGUCGUUGCUUGAGUCCAGUCUGCGUCAGGCGCAGCAGCAGCACGGCCUCUCGGACUGUAAACACACGGAGGCAGACCUGUCCUGCACGCCCACAGACGUACGGGACGUCAACAUCUGA